UUUUAGACAUUCUUUGACAAAUUCAGAGAUUCAAAUCGAAUAUUCAAAUAAUGUUCGGUUAUUUUUAUUACAGUUUUUCUAUUGAUGCAAUAUUAUUUGGGGCUAAAAUGAAGAUUAAUACAAAAUAUAUGCAGUAAGAAUUUACAGUGGGUAAAGUAAUUCUUCUGUUGAGAGGAGUAUUUUAGAAGAGAAAUAUUUACUCUAAACUCUCUAAACACAAUUUAUUGAAAUUAAAUGGGGACAUGUGUAUAUUUUUGAAAUGGAAUAUGACUAUUUUAAAGAAAUAAUUAUCCAAGAACCUUCCUUAACAUUUAAAAAAAUUCCAUUGGAAAUUGUUGGAAAGGAUGAAACAACAGACACCAGAAAUAAACAGAUUAUUAUAUAUGAUGGGUGCGUUAUCGAAUUUUCCCCUUUCCUUUCCUGCAUUUUUCAUGUGAAAUUUUUCUUUUAAAAUAUUAAAUUACUAACGAAACGGCAAUCAUACGAUCAGACAUUUGAUAUCAUAACCAUGUAUUACGACAUAUUUAUUGGGCUGAUUUUUAUUUAACAUAAUCAGUAUAUACUUCAGCAAAAAUGUAUUUAUUUUUCGUUGAAGUAUGGUUUAUUAUCGGGUAUGUUACAAAAUGAGACACAAAUAUUUCCCUGCUCCUUUCAUCGUACGUGAAAGCACAUUAAAAAGUUAGAUGCUCUUGCAGUAGAGUCUCUUCCACAUGUCAAAAGUCAGCCCAAAAAAGGCCACGGUGCAGUAGCUCGCGGUUUCUCUUCACUUCUCGUUCCCGGAAUAUCAUUACCUGAUUAGCAUGCAGAACACUAAAUUCUUUUUCUGCUCGCCGCCUGAGGACUGAGGAAGUGUGAAGACUCCGCAUUUCGAAAGAGACGCGAAACCCCUUUGUUCUCCGCAGCGGCGCAGCUUCGACGUCUUUAGCACAGACAAAUAAACGUGAACUGGGCGUGUCUCUGCAUGAAAGGAAAUGGCACAUUUGCUUAGAAAUGCUUUCAGAAGUUGAACUCUUGAUUCAUUACAAUUUCCAAUCUUUAGUCUUUGAGUUAAACUAUGCAUAAAUCUAUCUUCAAUAGCAUAAAAUGCUGCGGAAAAAUUUAAAUACUCGUCCACUUAAUUUAUUUUGAACUGUGCAUUGUCUAAGAGGUUUUGUGUGUCGAGUAUUCCCCGCAAUGAAUGUUUUGUUUGAAAGUAUAUGGACAUGAUGGCCAACAGAUAAAAUUCAAGGUUUCAAAAACUGACGUACAAAUAGCAAAAGCCAGCUAAAUUUUUCUUUUAAGCGUCUGAGUGUCUAAAGUAUCGGCAAAUUAUUACCAUAAAACAAUUCACUUUUUUGCCAACAGCACCAUACUGGCUUUCCAAUCCAUAACAGCCUUAAAUUCAGGAUGUUAUCGCAAACAAUUUGGCGAGUGUGCACAGCAAUGCGUGUGUUUGCGUGCUGCGCUCUAAGCUGCGGCUGAUGGCGUGUCGGUGCACUUUUUCUCGCACUUUGUGAUAGUCUAUUGUAAAUAUUUUUCGUGCUCGUCCUUCUCCUGCGUGUCAGCCUGUUUGCGCAGCAAAUUAAUCUCGGAUUAAGGCAAACAAAGCGUGUUUAUUAUAAACGUGACUGCGGCUAGUCGUUCGGCGGCGGGCCGAAAGUGAGGUGGAUGAUUUUCAUCAACCCCUUUGGUGGUGCUCGAGGGAAAAGGGUGUGGCGGCAUUUCGUCCACCCGUACCGGAAGGGCGAACAAACGCAUCUCAGCAACCCCGAAUUAAAACGAGCUGUCGAUCUAGACAAAUGGUACGCUGAUGAUGCAACUGACUUGGAAUCCAUGAUCAAAUGGCUCGAUGAUUUCUCAUCGGGAAGCAAAUAAACACAUGGCUAUAUAUGCGAUUUAAGUCGCAGGGUUUUCAAUACUGGACUUGAUUGGUGGAGUAUUGGAUGUUUUGCACUUGAUUUGACUGACUGACAUUGAUUUUUGUAAGAAAAAUUAUCUAGUUUUGUUCAUAGUGUUCUACGUGGAAUAUUUUUAACUAAUGUUUGCUAUCUAUAUUUUAAUAGUCAGGUUUUGCUCUUUUGCUUGGAAAAAAUAUGUACUUUGAAACUUGUAAGAAGCAAUCCGCCGUGUACAUUUCUUUCAUUUUUAUGAUUUAAAUAAUGAAUUAAAAAUUAAAUUGGAGCUUGAUUUUUGGGAUUUCAGAUGAAACUUUCCGUUCGUUAUUUUAAGAGAUGUAUGCGGUACCAAGAACAUUUUUGACACAAUUAAACAGCCGUUAAAUUAUCCAGCCUAUCCUUUUCUAUAAUUUUCUCGGAGGAAGUUAAAAUUAAAAUCAGAAUAACAAAUAAGUGCACAAACUAGUUUUCAUGUUGUUCGUCGCUUUGUUAAAAAGAAUCAGGGGGAAAACCUCGAUGGAAAAUGGCAAAAGAAAAAUCCUAAUUGUAUAUAAUAUGCAUGUAUGUAUGUAUGUAUGUAUGUUAGAUUUUAGGACUGGAAAAUAGCAUGCCAGUUUUGACUGAUUAAUGGUUCAAGAAUAUGUUCAUUUAAGUAGUCAAGAAAUUAAUCAUGCAACCAUUUGAUCGUCACCUGUCAUUUUCUCAUGGAUUAAUUCAAAGAGAAUUAACAAUGACCCAUCACAAUUAAAGUUACUCCCUCCCAGAAAUCAAUGAUAUAAAGCUAUAAAAGCUGUACUGGCGAAGUCUUCGCGUCCAGACGCAAUGACUCCACUAGAGUUCCUCGGUCCGAGCAAAUUUGUCCUCGCUCUCACCACUCUCUGGUACGUCGACGACUACGACUCAUUGAGGAGCGUCGCGUACCGCUACUACCAGUUAGCUACGCAUGCCUUUUUCUGCAUUUUCUGGUGCACUGUCAUCUACGUCAUCGUCGUCAGGUUGCUGGAUGAUGACCCUGUGGCCGUGCACUACGGCCUGGUUGGAAUAUGCCUGGCCCACGUGCAGAGCUCGAUGUCCAUGUACAAGAGCGCCAAGCGGCUGAAGAAACUGUUGUGGAGCGCGUCUCCUUACUCUUCUCUGUCCCUCCGCUGUCACCUGGGUAAUUACACGCAAAGGGCCAAGCGUAUCAGCCUCAUUUUUUGUAAGUUCCAAUUGAGCAAGGAGAGGUAAAAUAUUAUGUAUUUUACUGAUUUCCUUCAUUUUGUUUAAUUGUUUAAAAGGUGUUCAGUAGAACCCUAGUGCCUCAUACUUUGAAGAAUAAAAACAUGUUUGAUGAAAAAUUUCAACAACCAGAUUUCUUCCUGUUCUAGUAAUGUUCAACUUGUGUUCCGCCACAUGGUUAGCCCUAUUCGCCAUGAAACAUGUGCCAGACUCUAGUGAAAUAGUUAACAGCUUGGAAAGUUUAAGUAAACUAGCGCCGUCCUAUUUUCUGUACGUGGUGUGCAGGAUUGGCUGGCUUUCAUUGCCGCUCUCAAUUUCAAUUCUCGACUUGACUCUUUUAACUCUAUACUUCUACCUGGUGAAUCAUUUGUUAGCUUGGCAAGACCACUUGAUACACGUAGUCGAGAACAUGCACAUCAGGAAUAGGAGAUGUGUUGUUCAGCGCCGAUGGCUCAGUGACAUUGAUCAAGACGUGUUUGAUAUCAAGUAUAUUGUUGAAACUCACAAGUACACCAUUAGCUUUGCUGACGAGCUGGGACACAUUAUCAGUCCCAUCAUAGUCUGGGCGUACAUACGGGUCAUUGUGCUGACCUCAAACUUGAUGACUGCAGUUUUUUCACACAUAUCCCAACCUCUACGAUUGCUGCUGCCGUUUCAUCAAUUCUUAGCCUACUUUGUCUCUCUCAUUUUUUGCUGUUAUUAUGGCAGCAUGGUUUGUAUCAAGAAUGAUCAACUCACGAAAUGUCUGCAAUACAAUAUGGCAUAUCCGCGACCGCCGAGAGAUAGAAAACAUCCUGACUGGAGAAGCGUUGAAGUGUUGACCGCCAGAGCAAAUUUAGGAAUGUGCAUUAAAGUCAAAUGGAUUUUCUUCACUUCUAAAUUUGAUACUGACACGCUAAAAAGGGUAUUUGGCUAUGGGCUGGUUAUUUUUGAGCUUCUUCGCUACAUAAUUCCGUUAAACUCAAAAAUCCAGCUUGUUUAGCUCGUUGUUCUUGUGACAGAUUGUUCAAUUUAUAUAAAGUUUUAAUCUUCUCUGUGCCGCUUAGCUGUAAUUUAUGUCAAUAAAAAUUAGUACAUAAAUAUAUCUUUAUCUGGAUGUUAAAAAAUAAUUCUUAUAUGGAGUUUUUUUACGUGCAGAUAUGUAUGCCACACAUUUGGAUGGUUUUCGUUUUUAAGUUUGUAUGAAGUCAAGCAAAGCAAUUUUUAGCAGCCAUCCCAACAAACCACAAAUCUCUAGUUGUAAAUCUACAAAUUACUGUAGGAAGCGAGUUUUAUAUCUAUGAAGAGCGGUCAAGCAA